AUGUACAACGUGGCUGCUUUCCUUGUGCAGGACAAGAGCAAAUACGAAAGACCCAGAAUACUGAAGUGGAAAAGACGGCAGUCCAACACGGGUCACGGAGGAGAGAUCAGUCCAACACGGGUCACGGAGGAGAGAUCAGUCCAACACGGGUCACGGAGGAGAGAUCAGUCCAACACGGGUCACGGAGGAGAGAACAGUCCAACACGGGUCACGGAGGAGAGAACAGUCCAACACGGGUCACGGAGGAGAGAACAGUCCAACACGGGUCACGGAGGAGAGAACAGUCCAACACGGGUCACGGAGGAGAGAGAACAGUCCAACACGGGUCACGGAGGAGAGAACAGUCCAACACGGUCACGAGGAGAGAACAGUCCAACACGGGUCACGGAGGAGAGAACAGUCCAACACGGGUCACGGAGGAGAGAACAGUCCAACACGGGUCACGGAGGAGAGAACAGUCCAACACGGGUCACGGAGGAGAGAACAGUCCAACACGGGUCACGGAGGAGAGAACAGUCCAACACGGGUCACGGAGAGGAUCAGUCCAACACGGUCACGGAGGAGAGAUCAGUCCAACACGGGUCACGGAGGAGAGAACAGUCCAACACGGGUCACGGAGGAGAGAUCAGUCCAACACGGGUCACGGAGGAGAGAACAGUCCAACACGGGUCACGGAGGAGAGAACAGUCCAACACGGGUCACGGAGGAGAGAACAGUCCAACACGGGUCACGGAGGAGAGAACAGUCCAACACGGGUCACGGAGGAGAGAACAGUCCAACACGGGUCACGGAGAGAGAACAGUCCAACACGGGUCACGGAGGAGAGAACAGUCCAACACGGGUCACGGAGGAGAGAACAGUCCAACACGGGUCACGGAGGAGAGAACAGUCCAACACGGGUCACGGAGGAGAGAACAGUCCAACACGGGUCACGGAGGAGAGAACAGUCCAACACGGGUCACGGAGGAGAGAAAUAGUCCAACAUGGGUCACGGAGAGGUCAGUCCAACACGGGUCACGGAGGAGAUCAGUCCAACACGGGUCACGGAGGAGAGAACAGUCCAACACGGGUCACGGAGGAGAGAUCAGUCCAACACGGGUCACGGAGGGAGAACAGUCCAACACGGGUCACGGAGGAGAGAACAGUCCAACACGGGUCACGGAGGAGAGAACAGUCCAACACGGGUCACGGAGAGUGUCUUUGUUAGACAUGAGUUUGGCGAGGGUCAUCAAGUCUGGCAUGUUCUUUGAGGCCUAUACGCUAAAUCUGUCCCGAACUGUUGGUGUGAGGAUGUGUCUACCUGAUCCACCAGAUACGCUUGGCAGAGAAGGCCUGCAUGGCGUCAGAAUUACACCGAGACUUCCAUAA